AUGUCUAGUGCACGGCGCUCGCGCGGCCACAACGGCAAGCUGGCGACGGGCGAAACCUACUCGCGCGCCGACGAGGCGCUUUGGGACGAUGCGUAUCUGUUGAAGUUGUUUAAUGAGCAGCUCGACAAUGCCGGCGCCGUGAAAGAUACUCGUGGGGAGACGCAGGAUGACGAUGAAUCCGUCCUGUCCACGGAAACCGAGGGAUCGGACAGCGAGAAGGCGCGUGUGGCCGCUUCAGCGACAUCGUCCAGCACAGCCGCAUCAGAGGGAGGGGCGCGAGUGCAACGGGGAUCGAUGUCGGCAAAGUCCGAGAUACUUUCGCGCAGCUUUCCAACGUUGAAUGGCCUUCCUGAGGACAUUCAGGCACUUGUGCAGUCGUUCUACAAUGCUGGGUUUGAGGCCGGCCGUUUUGUGGGUCGAUCCAGUGCAUCGAAGAAGUGCUGCCGCAAACGUCAUCGCUGA